CAGCUGAAUAAUUUGCUAGCUGCCAUGAAUGUCCAUUGUCCUCAUCAUAAUUCACUAAAAUCAAGAGAAAAUGAAGUUGGAGACAUAAUAGAGUGUCAGGCAAAUGCUUCAGAAAGGAAGUUUUUACUUGACGAAGCUUUCCAGUCAAUGACCAUUGAUGCAGAAGGUAAUGAACAAGCAGGUAUUAAUGCAUCCACAGACACUUGUUGGCAGAAGAAAGGUUCUGGAAGGGCUUACAAUAGUUUGUCAGGUGUGGCAUCACUGAUAGGGGAAAAAACAGGGAAAAUUGUGCAUCACACCCUCAGAAUAUCCAGCUGCCGUAUAUGUCGGAAUGCACAAAAGAAGGGAAGACCACCUAUACCACACAAUUGUAAAAAAAAACUGGUCAGGGACAGCAAAGGGCAUGGAACCAGACAUGGUAGUACAGUUGGUGAAGGAUGUACAUGAACAAAAUAUUGAAAUUAAUGAACUGGCAGGUGAUGAUGAUUCUGUUGGGUUUGACAGGGCAAAGAAACUUCUUCCAAAUUCU